AGGAGGAGGACCACCACCGCCACCACCGCCGCCGCCCCCGCCGGCCCCACUGCAACCACCAUGGAGCUGGGCUCCUGCUUCAAGAACUACGAGGACUUCCGGGAGUUCUUCAGCACCUACAAGAAGGAGAACCGGCUGCGCUACCGGCUGAAGAGCUGCAUCUCGGUCCGGUUUUAUAACCGCAAGAACGGGACCAGCAUCCGCGAGGAUGUCACGUUUAUGCAGGCAAAGUUUGGCUGUGGCCGAUUAAGAGACUACUGUAAGAAGAAGCAACUGUCUAAUUUGUGCCCAGCUUACUUAGUGUUAGAAUAUAACAAGGAACUAGAUCGACUGGUGAUCUGUGAGGUGAACAACAACCAUGUCCAUGUGGAAUCCAAGUCUUCCUCUGUCAGCAGCAAUCCUCAACCCUUGGCUAGAAUGGCCGUCAAAAUGGCUGGCUCUAAAGACGGUGGCACCCCUCCGUUCAAACUGCGCAAAGAGGAACCCGCAGAGGUAGAAUCCUGUGAAAUGAACAGCAUAAAUGUGAAGAUUGAAGUGGACACCAACGAGAACAUGGAGACUGAAAUGGAGUCCUUUUUCCUGCCUCCUUCCCCUCACAAGGAACCAGACGUCCCUCAGGCAGAGGAAGACAACAGUAGCAACAACAAUUCUGCUUUGGUCCAAGUUGCCGAAUUGAUGAAAAACAUCCUGCUGGUGGACACAGGUUCUCUGGGCUCCACCAGUGUGGGCAGCAACCAGGACCUUGAGAGGUUGAAUUUCCAGACCAGCAAAAUGAAGAGCUUGUUCAUCAGAUUCCCUGAGAGCCUCUUGCUGCACCAGGUGCCAAGUGAGAGGGGCCACGUUCUGUAUGCUUUCCUGGUGGAAAGCAAGGAUCGUGUGGGGAAACUGGUCCAUUUUGCUAUCCUGAAGGAGGAUACUCAGGAGAAUGUGCAGAAAAUGCUCUCUGUUUUCAAGGAGUUCAACCCAGAGUGGCAGAAGGUCAAGGUGGUCUUUGUGGAUCUCUCCUUUCGCCACCAGCCUGUUUUGCAGGAGCUCUUCCCCUCAGCCCAGGUACUGCUGUCCGUCUACCACACUGUGCAGCUCCUGGAGAAGAAGCUGAAGGAGUCACGGUCCUCUUUUUCCUUCAGACAGAACUUAAAGUUGGCUCUGAGGAAAGCAGUCUUCUCCACUUCCACCAGAAACCUGGAGACGCUGUCUCAACUGGUAAAGCGUUUAGUAGACCAAGAACUGUAUGAGCAUCUUCAGACUAACUGGUUCUCCUGUGAGAUGUUGUGGUACAUGCAUGCUAAGAAAGGCCUCCAUUACUGCAGCACAUACAUAGACAGCUUGGAUCUUAUCACUCAGAAAGUUUCCAGCCUCUUCAACAGUCAGUCAUCCCUGGAGGCAAGCAUCCUUCGCUUUGUUGAAUAUGCAGACUGCUUCAACACCAAAGGGCUCGGGAACUUGAACCAGGAUUUCUCUGGCCUGGAGCAAGACAGCCACAGAGGCCUCAUGGAAGAGCCCAGAACAAAGACCCGUGCCUCUGCGAAGUGCAGUUCCACCAGUCCAUCUCAGAAGACCCCCACCAGAACUGCCGCUGACCUUCCCAAGCCGUUUCUCAAACACAGCCCAGCCAAGCCAGUGGCCACCAUGCUGACCGCUCUGCAGGAGACCUGCACUGACCUGGCUUACCAGCUGUGUCUGAAUGAAUGGGAUGUGGUGCAGAAGUCAGCGCAGCUCUUCACUUCCACCAAGAACAAAAUUUCAGUUCAACUGCUGGAGGACACUUACCAGGUUCAGGACAGCGGCAAGAGCUGCACUUGCUACUUCCACCGUCGCUACCAGCUGCCCUGCCGGCACAUCUUGUCCAUGCUUCUGGCUAACCGGCGGGUUGUAGAAGAAAACAUGGUUGGCAAGCGCUGGCAGAAGAAAUACCAACACCUUCCAGUCUUGCAGGAGAACUUGCUUGGCCAACCUUGCCACUCCACAGGCAUCCAGGGGGCCAUGGGAGUGACUGAGGAACGAUGGGACAAAGUCCAGUCUCUCAGCAAGGAACUUGGGAACCUCUUGCUGCAAAGCGAGGGGGAGGAACUGGAGGAGCGUCUCUCUACCCUCAGGAUGAUUGUGAACAUCUGGGCUCAGUGUUGUGAGUUGCAGGAGGAGGAGGAGGAGGGUGCGGAGAACCCCCGUAAAGUCCGAAAUGUGGGGGACCUCCCUUUCCUGUGGGUGAAGAAAGAAGAAGUGGAAGACAUAGAACUUGCUUCAGGAACUCCUGAUCUGCCUCAAGAAGAAAACCAAAAGUUGGCUGCCUUGAAAUCCCCCCGAGCGCUUUAGGGUGGGAUGCGAUGGCUGCUCAGUCUGGAAGCAACCCAGGUGUAUUUUAGCAAUAAAAUAGAUUAUUUUUCUGUUGUGAUCA